AUGACUCGGAACUCCCACGUCAGCCGUAGCAAAGAGAGUCGGAAGGCUGUCGCAGCACCACCCAAGACAAGCGUCAAAUCGAAGAACACCAAAGUUCCAGAGUUUAUGCCUAAUAUUCGCCCCGUGCGGGGGCAGAAGGAGGUCAAGGUCUGUCGUCCACGACCAAAACUCCUGCUAGAAUACUCUGGUGCUGCAGGAUCUACCUCCAAAGUCCCCGUCAAGGUAUCGAUUCGACAUGCCAUCGACCAAGCCGUAAAGGAGACCCGUGGGGUAGAGUCUUCGUCCGACGAGGAUGAGUUCGAUGUGCCUGCCACUCCUGAAGGCCUAGACUCGCUAUACUCCUUUGACGCCUACACCAGUCCUGACCAGGGAGGCCAUGUCCUCAGCGCCGCCGUUGUCCGAGCAGUAGACCAGUUCGAGACCAAACAGACGGAGAAGCUUGCGCGAGAGUACGAGUUCGUCGGCUUGAUCGACCCAGAGGACCUCGACGAGGGAUACGGCGGCCACGACGACGGGAUUCGAACUUAUCGAGCCUGUGAACUAUUAACUCUCUCUCUCUCUCACAGGUCUCUUAUUCUCCUUCACCACCUUCUUCUUCCAUUCCCCACUGUAUAUUGUUUUGUGAUGAUAUCCUGGUAA